GAAAGAACAGUAACAAUUAGAAGACAGACUGUAGGAGGAUUUGGUUUAAGUAUAAAGGGUGGAGCAGAACAUAAUAUUCCAGUGGUCAUUUCUAAGAUUUCCAAAGAACAAAGAGCGGAACUUUCAGGUUUGCUCUUUAUAGGAGACGCAAUUCUACAGAUUAAUGGGAUUAAUGUGAGAAAAUGCAGGCAUGAAGAAGUGGUUCAGGUCCUUCGCAACGCAGGGGAAGAAGUGACCCUGACUGUGUCCUUUCUGAAAAGAGCACCUGCUUUUCUCAAACUGCCAUUGAAUGAAGAUUGUGCAUGUGCCCCCAGUGACCAAAGCAGUGGCACAUCCUCUCCCCUAUGUGACAGUGGUUUGCAUCUCAACUACCAUCCCAACAACACGGAUACAUUAUCAUGUUCCUCAUGGCCAGCAUCCCCAGGACUUAGGUGGGAAAAAAGGUGGUGUGAUCUUCGGCUAAUCCCACUUCUUCAUUCACGGUUUUCCCAGUACCUUCCAGGAUCAGAUUUGUGCAGGCAAAAUGCGUUCCAAGUAAUUGCUGUGGAUGGGGUUUGCAGUGGAAUAAUUCAGUGUCUCUCUGCUGAAGACUGUAUUGACUGGCUACAAGCAAUAGCAAGUAAUAUUUCCAACCUCACAAAGCACAAUAUUAAAAAAAUCAACAGGAAUUUUCCCGUAAACCAGCAGGUAAGAAAAAGAAAAUUUGGGGUUGUUUCAUCUAUAAUUCUGAUUUCAACUGUAUUUAAUUGUGUG